AGAAGGUGAAUGAGUGACCAGGCCGGAUUCCCAUGGCUUGGCCAGGUAAUGGGGGUUCAGGUAAUUGACAGGCAUACCUGGUGACACGCACACUCACACGGCAGAUCAGCUAGUACAGGUAGUCCUGGCUCUAUUGACCGUGUGCAUGAUGCGUGUCUUUGCAUGCUAGCGCUCCAUAGUCGUGCCUGCGGGGCCGAGAAUUUGACAGGGAAUGCAAGUCACAUGACCCCCUAGAUAGUCUCAAGUUGGUUUAGCCACGAGGUAUACGUGUUGGUAUAUAUUGUAUGUACCAGGUAUGCAUUCUCAGCCUUGGGUCGACCAGGUAUGUGUGUUUAUACCUGGCCAUGUGAAUGUGGAGACGCACAGCGUGACCCGAGGCUAAUGUAAACGUUUUACACGCACAAUGUUAGACUGGACUGGUCAAUAGCUGGUCAGUGGUCUCAGUGGUCAGACAUUCAGAAAGAACCUGUUCUCAUGCUGGGUUAUAUAUAGAAUUAUACGUGACACGUGAGGGAUUUACGUACCAGGCCACAAGUAAACAUGUCCAUUUCACCUACAUCAGACAAUGUGAGAAAAAACAGCACAUCUCACUCCUCAAGUUCAGGUGAAGAAGAAGAUGAAAGCCCCACAAAAUCUACAAGAAAGUCUUCUGUUCACAAAAAGGCAAUUUCGGAUGACAAUGGUAACAUUGUGACACCAAUACGUACAACCAGAGUAACUCGUAGUAAAGGAGCACCUCCAUCGGGGAAGACCCCUGGUCACAUUACCCCAAAGAAGAGCGAGAGAGAGAAACAAAAGAAAGAGAAGGAAGUACAUGUGGAGGAUGAGAUCAGUGAGGGGAGUGAGGACGAAGAGGAGGAAGAUACAAAAAUAGAGAAAGGCUGUGAUAAGUCAGAUGAAAAUGUAGAUGAGUCGCUGGAUAUAAAAGUAGAUAGUACUGAAAACAUUCCUAAAGAAGAUGAAUCCUCUGACAAGGAAAAAGUAGGAGAUUCCGAUGAUAACCACAUUACUGCAACAACAGAUGCUGCAUCUGACAAUGAACCUGAAGAGUUGAUUAUCAACGAGACUUCGAAUAAAGAAGCAGGAGAGUUAAAGGAAGUUCCGUCAGAUAAAGAAACUGACAGUGUGGAUGAUAAAGGUGACGUUAGUGAUCAGUUGGCUGUUGAGGAUAAAGACGAAAAAAAUAAGGAGGAAGAAAUGGAGGAAAAGGAAAAUUCCGGUGACAAUGACAUUCAAAGUGAUUCCAAUUUAGAACUAGAUAAUGUCGAGAUAGAGGAUAAACAUUCAGAAAACAAUGAAAGUGAAAAAGAUGACGAUGAAAUGAUGGAGUUAGAUGAGGAGGAGGAGGAGGAGGAGGAUGAAGGCCAGCUCUGUAUCGAUGAGUUAAGCGAUGAAGGAGAAACCAAAAAGGAAGUGAACAACAGGGAAGAGAGCAUGUUAAGUAAAGGAUUCAACAGCUCUCUGAAGGACAGGACAUGUGAGUUCUGUGCUGUAGUAAAGAAAAGCCCAGCAGACCUCCAGCGACAUAUCCGUAAACACACUGGGGAACGUCCAUUCAAAUGCAAGAUGUGCAGUCGUAUGUUCAAAGCCAAACGAAGUCUUCAGUAUCAUCAGUUCAUGCACCAUGGCAUUAAAAGUGAAAACAGUAACAUAUCCCAAAAGUACUCUCUCAUGCGGAAGCGAAAGUUAGAGAUGGAUCAACUGCGAGCUGAGCUUAUCUCUCCAGACGGAACUAAGCGCUUCAAAGGGGACGACUCACCAGAUGUAACAAUGAUGGACGGUAUGAUUCGGCAGGAUGGGAAGGAUUCAAGCACGAGUCCAGAGAGUGGAGCCGAUAUGGAGUGUCAGAGUGACCGUACUUGCUACAUUUGUGGCAAACUCUGCCUCAAACCAAGCGACCUCAAACGACACAUGAUGUGCCACACUGGGGAACGUCCCUUCAAGUGUGAUAUAUGUGGAAAACCAUUUCGUGCCAAGAACAGCAUGUUGUACCACAAGAAGUCAGCACACGGAUUUGACAUCGAGCUGAGUCCGGGGCUGGAGGAACGCUUUCUCCGACUGAAAAAACAAAGCAAUCUACACUCCCUAGCAACCAAAAUGGCUCACCAAAACGUAGAGAACACUCCAAAACCUAUAAUUUCCAAUGGCUCCGAGGUGGACAUGGAAGAUGGUGACUCUGACGAAACGUCAUCCAUACCAAACUUAGACAGUUAUACAGUGGAAAAGGGAAAUAAAGUCUUUUACAGUUGUGGCUACACCAGCUCGUUUCAGGAUGGUGAAGUAGAGUUAGAUGAAUCAACAGGGUUGUUCAAACAUAAGGCACCAAACGAAAAUCAGGGGAUGUUGGCUAAUACUGACCUGUCGGCCAACUCAAAAAACUUGUUGGAAAAUUCUGACAGUAUGGACCCACCAGACAUCACAGAAAUGAUCAAAGAUGGAUCCAGUAUGGUCGGGGCAGAGAUCAUUCAUGGGUCUCAUUUUACUAAAAAUAGAAUCAGCAUCAGGAACGAGACGGUACUCAUCACUCGAUUGGAUGGUGUUAAUCUUUCCAACGGUAAAGACAUGUGCCUGUACAAGUGUUACUUGUGUGGAAAGGUGUUUAAUUACUUAAGUAAGGUGCAGUGCCACUUGUCAAUGCAUUUUGAAAAAGAUAUUGUGAUUUUUCAGUGCCAGUUAUGUAAAGCCUCAUUCUGGUUUAAGAACCAAGUGAUGCAACAUAUAAGGAAAAGACAUCCGUCGGAGGUAGACAAUGCAAGUAAAAGACAACAGAACGAGUGUAAAAAUAACGACGCCGACAACGACACGUCGAACUCUGACAUGGAUUCAGGAAUUCAGGUGAAAUCAGAAGGUAACGAUGAGAACAGUGAUGAGAGAGAAGGUAGUUCAUCUCCAGUUGAGGGCAAGUCUGACAAGGAUGAUAUAUUUAAGAAAGAUAGCGAGGAUCGUGAAAAUGAGAUGUUGUGCCGGUUCUGGCGUGGAUUGAAAUAUCGAAAGAACAGCAAUGGUUCGUAUGUUUGCCUAGUGUGUCGCAAGUCAUUCCAUAGGGAGAUUUCCCUGCUCAAACAUAUCAAGAUACAUAGUGGACACAAACAGUGCUAUUGUCAGGAGUGUGGCAAGGGUUUCUCAGAGUUCACGGCUCUGCGUCAACAUCUAGCUCUGUUCCACGGGCUCCGAGACAGCCACCAGACACUUAAACCCCAUAUCAAAGCUUCUACCAAGCACUCACUUUUAUCAAACCUCCUAAGUAAGAAGGCGGGUCCAAAAUCUGACACAGAGGUUGAUGACACUACACGCCAGUCACAAGAGGAACGUGCACGAGAGUUACUCAUCAAGGAAGGUAUACAAGAGGAUGUCACUGUGGUGAUGCCUUGUGGCCCUGACGAUGACACAGAGGUUGAUGGCGGUCCACGUUUGUUGGAUGUGUGGUCAGAACGGGAUUCCGAGGAGAGCAGCGAGGCAAACAGCCAAGAUGGGAUAAUUACUCCUGUGUUACCGAGGCGCUCAGUAGGAAAGGAAAUGAAUAAGUCCAAACGCAAGUCAUCUCAACCUGUCAAGCUCCAUAAUGCCUCCAUCCCACCUCCAGCUCCAUUGCAGGUGUCAAUUCCGGCCCCUGCAACAUCUGCUGCCCGUGUUCCGAUCCAAAUCCCUACCCGACUCCUCAUCAACGGUGAGGCGGCCCGAGCUGCUGUAGCGAACUUACCUGGAAGAAUAGAACUCCCUGGUGGUGUACAGAUCAAACAGGAACCACUUUCCCCUACAGCUGAUGUGCCUUCCACAUCUACUUCAGCAACAUCUAACCUCGUCAACGCAAAUCCCCAAGUGGCUCAGUUUGUGAUGAACCCCGGCCAGAUGAUUCUGACUAGCGGUAGUGGAUCUACUUCAGGUCAGCCACAGCCCAUGAUGCUUCUUUCCAACUCAGCCUUCCCUUCCCCCAUUCCUGGCAACAUCAUCGGUAUGGUGCAGGUCGCAAACUCAGCCAAUCAAAUUUCAGGCAAGGACUCAGCACCCUCAGAUAGCUCCACCCCUCUGUCUUCAGAUCCCUCCCCUGCCAACACAGAGGGCAGUGACCGGGACACAUUGGUCGGAUUCCCUCGUGUCCAGUGGUCGCCAAACGAAACACCACCUACCUCGUGUUCCGGCUUCACAUGGAGCCAGAUCUCUGCUGACGGGCGCAAAGUUACCUCCCUUUCUCGCACACACUCAAGACUACCCAUUGUGAAUGCUCCGGUCAACAGGGACAAAGUAUGUAAGCCAAUGACCUUGACCGAUGGUCGCCAGGUGUACAGAUGUCCGUUCUGUAGUAAAGACUUCCUCUCAUACUCUGACAUCAACAGACAUAUGGACUUCCAUGAAGAUAUCCGACCAUACAAAUGCAAAUACUGUGACUAUUUUGCUCGCACUAAUAGCCAACUCAAGGUCCACAUGAUGAGGCAUCAAGGUAUACGGGAGUUCUGUUGCAAGGUGUGUAAUUAUAAGGGAGUAACACAGUCGGAUCUGAACCGCCACAUGAAGUCCCAAAUUCACAUCCUCAAGUCUCGCAACGAGUGUAACCACUGCGGCGAGGGUUUUGUCACACAGAAGAAUCUAGAGAAACACCUUGACGGCAAUUGUAUUGUCAAAGUUACAAAGUUUGAGGAUACUUCCGAUUUCAGUUGAUUCAUUUCACCAAAUUUAGAGACUAGAAGAAUUUGCUAUAUAUAUAUGAUCUUUGAGUUAACACAUGCCAAUUAUACCUCUAAAGUACACUAACAAUCAGAGAUGAUACAUCUAGGUGAAAAUCCAAUUGAGAAAUCAACGUCAGGACAUGUACCAAUUUAUGUUACACGACACAUAACUUGGUUAUUUCAAAGUUGAUAUGUUGUGUUGAAAACGGAAAGGAUACCUCAGAAAGAUGAGAUUUACAGCACAAACAAAAAUCAUGAAUAAUGGAAAUACAAAGAAAAGUGUGUCUUUUGUCAAAAAUUCAACAUAUAAAGGGAGGUAAUUACGAUGUGCUGAAUUUGAAGAAGUUUUAACUUGUUACUUUUACCACUAGCGGACGUGUUUUGAGAUAUAUGGGAGUGUGUGCUAUGGCCAAGAGGAUGUUUAUCGUACGCAGCAUCGCUGGGAUCUUUUUAAUUGACAUGGAGGCAUUGAUGUACAUUGGGAUUAACUAUGUGAAAAGCAUGCUCAACUUAAUUUUGUGAAUUUGCUAUUGUUUUGUUAACAUAUUGUUUUUUAUAUUAUUAUGUGGACCAUUUAUUCUUUUAAAUACUAUACAGAUAUUUUGUAAAUACAGACUUAUUGCAUCACGAAAAAAAUCUUGAUAUAUAUAUAUAUGUACAUAAAAAACAAUUGCAUCCGAUUAUAAAGUGCAGAAAUCAAUUAUAUAAACUGUACUACGAUUGAGCACCUGACAUAUCUCUUUAGCCAAUGAAAUCACUUCUUAGUAAACAUACAGUUAUCACUAGGGGCCUUUCAGUAUCUAUAACAACUGGUUCAUGUAGCUUUAGGUAUAGCAUAUACCAUUAAUUUCAGAUAUUUGAACCUUUGAAAUCUUAGGGAGGCCUUGCUAGAAAUUAAGGUUUUCCCAUACUCAUAAAAGUAGAAAAUUGGUCUAACCAGUUAGAACAUGAUCUCAAACACAAAAUCACCCAUCCCCACCUGCCUAAACCCCCAAACAAAGGCCAAUAACUCUUGUCCUAUUUAAAUGAACAAAAAUAGAAAAUCACUGACAUAAAAUACAGAAGAUAACUUUUAUUAUAAACAUCUUAUGUUGACUGUGUGACCACAAGAUAAUGGAAAUCUUCAAUUUAUCCAUUUGGGACCAAUGUUGAAUUAUUUUUUUUUGUUAGAUUAUUUCCAAAACAGUAAGUAGACCAAGAUUAUUUCUUGCAUUGAAAUGUGUGUUUAAGUUGUGAUUAAUGCUUCUCUACCGUAUAAUGAAUGGUUUAAAAUUGGAUCGUUUUAUAUAUGUAUACAGUGUUACAAAGGACCAGAUUUUGUUUUCAUAUCGUUGAUUUUUUUUUCUUUUUUUUUCUGUGAACUUUGUUGAAUUAUCUCUCUUUUUUGGAAUUUCAACAAUAAAAGACCAAUAUUUUUGCAUUUAAGUACAUGUUGAUUGAUUAAAUUGUGAUGAAUAUUUCUCUAUAUUAUAAACUGGGGCCAUUUUAAUGUUUCCAUACAAUGGUAUGGGGGACCAAACUUUGUUACAUAUUUGUUAUGUAUUAUUUUGUUAUUAGCAGUAGUUCUAAAAAAUGGAGUUUUGUAAUAUGGCAGUAAUCACUGCCUCAGUAUAGAAUCUGUUGUUUGUUUUAAUGAUUAAAACAUCUUAAACGACUGUUGAUGAGGGUAAAUAUGACCUUGGUGUGUCAUAAAGCUAAAAUUAUUAAUCUUGUUUGAUUUGAUCAUUCCAAUUGUUGAAAUAUCUAUUGACAUUAUACUUAUGGAAAAGCAGUCCAGUUAUUUUUGUCACAAUAAAUUCCAAAUUGAAUGUUAUAUUUUGUAUGUGUCUGCAUUUAUAUCUCUUUCUAGCAGUUUCUUUGUAGAUUUAGAUACACAUGUAGUCAUGACUUAAUCUUCAACAUUUUGGUGAACUUCUAGAAUUUCCUUUUUUUAAAAGUGUUCACUGUCUGUAUAAUACUAGAUUAUCUCAGAUACUUUCUGUUAUCAUUGCACUAGAAAUUUUGCAUUAAGAUUUUUAUAGUUACUUAAUGAACCAUUUGCAGGAUUUGAAAUUGGAAGACCUUUUGAAACAAAAAUAAUGCCUAAAUUUAUCUGGAUUGUUCACAGGGGAUGGGUGGGAAGUUUUGGUGAAUUAUGAAUUGACAGGCCAGUUAGUUGCAGACAUCUUGAUUUAAGAUAAUUAAAUGUCGUUUUCCGUUACAUUUGACUCCUUUAAGAUGACCCAGCAUGCCACUCUGGCACACUCUCUGGACCAAUGAUUCUGGGUCCUUCAACACGUGAUAUUAUGAAUUAUAUGAAUUGUUUUAUUAUUCACAGAGUUUAUGUAGCAUACUUGUGUUGUCUGUUAUUUGUUGGGCUGUAUGGCGAUUCCCGUGAAAACAUACCGUUUCACAAUUGUGUUUUGUUUAAUUACUGUCAACAUGAUAUCUAUAUACAUACGUUGAUUAGUGUUUUAGUGUAGCUCUCAAUUAAUUCUUAUAUAUACCUUUAUGGACCAUGUUGUACAAAGUUGUUUUGUUAUUUUAAACUUGAAUUUAUUUUGUAAUUAGAAUUCAAUCAUUUCAGAUGAAAUUGCCAGGUAAUGAAAUGAAUUCUGUAUAUUUCUGUAUAUAAAUGGUUUCGUAGUUAACAAUAGUUGUGAUAAAUGAUCCAAGUAUUUUUAUCUGACAAUGGAUAUGUACAGUCUAUAUUUUAAACUGAAAAUAUUGCAAGGAAAUGGGUUGUCUCCCCUGACUGAAUUCCCCAUGAAAUGAUUUUGGGAAUUUCUUUAAGGUUGAUAUCAGAUACUGUCAAAAAAUGAUUGAACAAAGCAAUUUUUUUCUUCUUUCUAUGAUGUUAUCAUCGCUUUUGUGGAACUUUCCAAUAUAUUGCCUAUAUUCAAUCUAAAUUUGCUCAUGCAUAAAAUUUGAAUCUUUAGCCAUUUUUACCAAAACUACUGUUAGUAAGGGAUUCAUUCCAUUUUGGAAUUGUAUAGUGUGUAACGUUCCAAAUUAUAAAGAAAACCUCUCCUAAACACUUGAGAGGCUGGUAGUUAGUUUUGACUUCUGACCUGUUAUCAACCUAAAGCACCAUCAGAUUGAUUCAAUGGCAGUUGAACUACCCCAGCAAUGACUAGACUUGUGAUUUGUAAUAAAAGUCCUUGUUUUGAUUAUUUAAUCUGAUAGAAAUUAAGCAGACAAUGCUAAGAUUAAUUAAGUUCAAAACCUGAAGGAAAGCAGUAUAAACGUAUAAAUAUGCUUUUAUGUCAAUAAUUUGAUUUUAAAUAACAAGCGAUGCAUGUAUUGCAGGACAUUGUGCCAGUUUCUCCUUUAAUUGAACAAAAUUCUUAGUUUUUAUGAUAAAGAUUUCUCAUAUUCUACCCAUUUCUCAGUUAAGUGUUUAGACUGUUGUGGGUUAAAAACUGUUUAUCAAAUUCUGUUAUUAUCAAUCAUGUUGUGCAAGUUAUGUUUAUAUAGUCUAUAAUUGUAAAUAGAUCAUUUCUGCAGUAAUGGAUAGGCUUUGGUUAAAAAACAGGUACUUUAGGUAAACAGUUUGGAUUUAAAUAGAACUAGACCAUGCUAUACCUCCACUGUUUUUGCCCAGCAAAUUUUGGCAUUAUAAAAAUCUAACAGAUGCAUGUUGAAGAGGGACAUGUGAAGAAGGAACCCAAAGAUGCCGUAAAUUUUUGAUAAAGAGGUAUCAUAUUUUCUAUGCUCUUAUCAAGAACUGAUAAUGUUGCAAAAUCUUAUUUAAUGCUCUGAAUAAUUCUGUUUACCCGGUAAGUGAAAUUUUUGCGAAAAGGUACAUUUUACUUUAGGUAUUCUUUCGGUAAAGCUGAAAAGUCGAACCAUCUAAAACGUUCUCAGGGCGUUUCAUUAAUGAUUACUGUAAAAACAAAGAAAGUUAAUUGUAUUUAAGCAAUGGAAAAUAUGUUUUAUUACGUGUUGGCCAGGUAACUGAGAAUUGGUUGAUGCUACAUAAGUAUAAAUUAGUAUGAUAGGAACUUAGGUGGGCAAUUCUAUUAUUCAGCCAUCUUGUAGGAUGUUUUAUUGUUGAAUUUUAUUUUGUUCUAUUAAGGAUUUUAUCUAGAGGAUUGUAUAGAAUCUACCUAUAUCAGUUCUAGUACAGUAUAGUGUUUUGUUGUUAAAGUCUUCAAAGUUCUGUGGAUGUUAUAAUUAACAGGGAUGAUUUUAUCAUGGAUUCAGUCUCUGUGGUAAAUCCACUUUUCCACUUCUGUUCUGAUACCUCCGUAACAAUCAUCCUUGGAAAGUGAGUGGUAUAUAUUAAGCAAAUAUGGAUGAACUGAAUGCCUAAUUUAUAUUUUGCAUUCUCUUAGACUAGUAGAUUGAUAAACACCCUUUUUGUUACAUAAUUAAAACAACAAUGAUUCGUAAGUAGUAUGAUUUCGUCUUGACGGGACAGCUCAUUUGGUUUGAGCUUUUAUCGUAGAUUUUUGGGUUCCUGGGUUCAAAUCUUCAUCCGUCUGUAUUGUAUUGUACUUCUCCUGUUUCAGUUAUUUUUCUGGAACUAAACACAUCAAUCUAAGACAGUAAUAAGUUACACAUCAGGCUAUAUAUAUAUAAGUCAUGGUAUUUGCCAUGUUUACUUAUUUGAUAUGCGACUUGUCAAUGCGUUUUAUGCCUUUGCGAUCUGCAGGUGGCCUGGAUUUACACCUCUGGUGUUUGUAGACUAGAAACUGAACUCAAGCCAGAGAAAUGAAACUGCUGAAUGAUAAAUUAUAAUUGUUAUACAAAACAGUGUUUUAGGUACAAAUGUAUUUCAAAUGCCUGUCACAGUUGAGUUUAUCAUUCUAUUUUUAAGAUUGAUAAAUUUCCUAAGCCAGAUAAUCAUUGAUUUUAAACUCUUUGAAAGGAGCAGGAAGAUUGAUGUCUGUUUUGUAAAAGGAUCAGUUUUAUUUUAAGUGGGAGCAUUUUGUGUGAUGCUGAAAGUAGAAAAGUUAACAUUUCCAAAUUGAUAUUUUGUUAUUAUUAAGAUAUUAUAGAAUAGCACAAUACCAAUGUUUAUUUUUAUUAUAAUGUAUCAUAUCAAAAUCAUCAACAUCUGCAAUGGAAUUUCAUUUUCUUUUAACAUUAUCACUGUUCAUCAACAUGAAUUAGCCUUUAAUAACCAACACUUACUAAUGACGGCAUUACAGACACUUAUUUUAAAGAUUAGUGGAAGUGUGAAUUAUAUUAUUCGAGACAUCACAGUUUUCUCGUUAGCCAGGGGUAUAUUAUGAAGCUUUUAUACCAGAUCCGUUAGCCUGGGGUAUAUUAUGAAGCUUUUAUACCAGAUUCCGUAAUUGUUAAGUUUGUUGCUGUACAUCUACCUGUGUGAUUGUAUAUAUUUGGUAUGAGUCAUGUGACCAUCGUUCAAGGUCUCGUUUAGUGACGGUGGCACCAACAAACUGUUAUAUAUAUAUAUAGUAUUACAUAUAUAAAGGUCCAUUGUAUGUAGAACUAACAGCGUGUACUGUAGUGGUGAACUAGUAUAUAUACGCCAUUCUCAUUCUUAACACCAUAGUCUCCAUUUCACCUGAGAGGGUUCAUCACGAUAAAAACUAAUCAUUACAAAAGCGUAAUUUGAGCAAAAAUCUAGAUUAGAGAAGUGUGAAUUAAUGGAAUCUAAAGUUGUUAAAUUUGUUAACAAUGGUGUGAAGAUGUUUUAUUACUCAAAGAAAACAUUCCGAAGGACAGUGAUCUGAUUGUACAGUAACAUUAUAUAUAUAUAUAUGCCUUUAUUUUGUGAUAAAAGUGCACAUUUUAUUCACUGAUCUUUCAAGUACAAUCCCUCCCCUCAGUUUUGUUUCAAUUUCCAAAAAUCAAAUGAAAAGUUGCUAAUUAACAUGUAUAUUGGGUUCCCCUUCCUAUUAACUGUAACUGUAAUGCAUGCUGUACUAUAAUCAAUUUUAUUUCUAUUUCUUCAAAAUGAAAUGUUUCCAGGUUAAUUUCUAUAUCUUUUCUUGCAUGAUUAUCCAUCCAUAUUUUAAGCAUCAUUUUUUACACAAGUUAUCAUUUUUAUCAGCAUGUGUACAAAAAUUAUUGUUUUAUUGGUUGUCGCACUUCAGGCAGGGUUUUACAUAUAUCAGUUCCUCAUUAAUAAUCCAUUUUAUCAGGAAUUCCUCGGAUAUCCAAUGAUAGCUGUUCUCUAUAUAGCUAGCUCGCCCACAAAAGUUUAGGCAGAUUAAUGGCCCUAUAUCUUACACAUGUACCACCUUCAAAUGUGAAGUUGUAGUACUUUUCAUUCAAGUUUUUCUCAGGACUUUGCAGAAGUCCAAAUUUUGGUAAUUCUGAUAAUUUAGAAGGCCUGGAUACAUAUUGCUGAAAGUCCCAAAUAUUGGCAACCCCAGAAAUUUAGAUAUGGGAUUAUGCAUGCAAUGGUGUACUCCUUGCAACAAGCUCUGUUGGCCAACACAUAAUUUCUGACUAUUAGAAUGUGCUUAUUACAGGACAGUGGAAUUACAUUCCACCUUACUGAUGAAGUGAUAGGUAUGGAUGGGCUUAUUACCAGAAAUAGACUCCCAUUGGAUACUUAUGAUAGUAGCUGCCUUUAAUAGAUGUGGGCAUGAUGUCUAUAUAGGGAACAGUCAUACUGUCACACUAAAGGGUGAUGUAACACAGAAAGAGUGAAGUCCGCCCUUUCUGAACUAAUAAAUACCUCUCCCAAUUCAUUUUCAAACAAUUUGAAAAACAGAGAUUUUUCUACCUCUCAAUAUCAAUGAAUUAUGUCAAGCCAAAUCAUGCUUAUACACUAAUUUCAAUAAAUGUUUUAACCAAUAGAACUA